AUGCUCGGCCAGGCUGUCAAGUUCGAGUUGCUAGCCAGCUGGAAACCGCAAUAUACAGCAAUAUGGGCUGCGAUUAUUACCACCGCCGGCAUUGCUACGCUACUCGCGUUGCUGGCCUCGUACUUGAAGCCUGCCGGAAAACGAAGAGGCACGUCGGGCAGGAAGUCGAAACUGCCACCUGGUCCACGCGGGUUGCCUAUUAUAGGAUCCAUGCACAAUCUGGCAACGGCCAGGCAUGACCCGGAUCAUACAUACGUGAGUUUCUUCAUCAUCCUCAUGGCCAUCCAUUUGCUCAUUGGUGAUAAGCUACGAUCGUUGGCCAACUACGGAGAAAUGGCCACAGUCCACAUCGGCGCCAAAUCCUGGAUCUUCCUAAACAGUCACCGUGUCGUGUCCGAAAUCAUCGCCAAGCGCGGCAGCGCCACCAACACGCGAUCCCCCAUGCCCAUUGCCAGCGGCAUUGUAAGCAAAAACGGCCGCUCGCUCGUGUUGCCGCAAGAGCAGUGGAUGGAACGUCGCCGCGUCAUGCACAGCCUUCUCAACGGCAGUUCGCUACACCAAUACGGCGAAUGGCAGGAACUCGAAAGCACGCAGAUGAUGGCCGAGUACCUUUUCAAACCGCAGCUCUGGUACAAGCACCACUACCGGUACGCCAACUCGGUGAUCCACCGCAUCGCUCUCGGUGAGCGCCUGAACAAAUCGACGCAAGAGCUGGCAGACCUGCAAAACUGCGUCACCUUCUUCGUGGGAAGCAUCGGUGCCAGCGUCGUUGACUGGUUCCCGCAGCUGACAACCCUACCGAGGCCGCUGCAGCUCUGGCAACCGCACUGGCAGAGGCUGGCCGACUGGAACUACGACGUCUACAGCAAGUGGUGGGUGCCUGUACGGGAGCAAGUGAAGGAUGGGACCGCGCCGCCGUCGUUUGCGCGCGAUGUGCUGCUGAAUGAAGAUACAAAGUUCAAAGGGAGUGACGAUGACGCAAUGUAUGUGGCCAUGCAGCUCAUCGAGGCAGGAAGCGAUACCACGCGCGAGGCGCUCAACAUCAUGGUCAUGGCUGCAGUGGAAUAUCCCGAGCCGUUCCACAAGGCAAGGGAUGAGGUUGAUCGCGUCUGUGGCACGGCGGAUGAAGCGCGUCUGCCUCAGCUGUCGGAUAUGGACAGUUUGCGGUACAUCUGCGCCAUGGCCAAGGAGGUGCUGCGGUGGAGACCCAUUUUCAUCCUAACUCCAGAACACACUUCGACGCAGGAUAUUGAGUUUGAGGAAUACUACUUCCCCGCGGGCACUGGAUUUGUCAUCAAUGAGGUUCCUGUUGGAAAUGAGUGUGAGCAUCCAGAGGCCUUCUACCCAGAGAGGUGGAUGGACGGCAAGGAGACGGACAUUGCGCAUGGUCUGUGGCAGUUUGGUGGGGGGCGUCGCAUCUGCGUCGGCUAUCGUCUGGCACAGAGGAGCUUGUUUUUGAAUAUAGCAAGACUUGUCCAGUGUAUCGACUACGAACCGUAUGGACCCUAUAAUUCGAAAUGCCUGUAUUUAGAGUCACUUGACGAGCCGUUUCCUGUCACGGCUUCGUUCAGGGGUGAGGAGUACGAGAAUCUGGUAAAGCGCGAGGCUACUAGACUGCACGUUCUUGAAGAUGCAAAGCUCAAUCGGCAGUAA